UAAAAAUUAACUUUUAUGACCCAUGUCAUUUUCUCAAACACAUAUAAUUAUCAGAAUCUAACAUUUAAUAUUAGUACAUUUAUCUUUUGCGGAAUUCCAUUAUAUUCUUCCCCAUUGGCCAAAUCGAUUUUUUUUUUGUGCUGCAAAAAAAAACCAAGAAGGGCCUCAUCACCAUGUCUCAAGGGGUACAAUUGCAUAUUGAGAAAAGUCAUGUGGUGAUGGAUAAUGGCAUACUAAAAGUAAAAUUAUCAAAGCCAGGUGGAAUUGUUACAGGGAUAAAAUAUAAUGGCAUAGACAAUUUGCUUGAAGUUCUUAAUGAGGAGGCCAAUAGAGGGUACUGGGACCUUGUAUGGAGUGAAGCAGGAAGUACAGGAACAACGGGUACAUCUGAUGUGAUUAAAGGAACAAGUUUUGAGGUUAUAGUGGAAAGUGAGAAGCAAGUAGAGAUCUCAUUCACAAGGUUGUGGGAUCCCUCGCUUCAAGGCAAGUCCGUCCCCUUAAAUAUAGACAAAAGGUUUAUAAUGCUAAGUAAUUCCCCGGGCUUCUACACCUAUGCCAUCUAUGAGCACUUAAAGGAAUGGCCUCCUUUCAACCUCCCACAAACUAGGAUUGUAUUCAAACUCAGAAAAGACAUGUUUCACUACAUGGCAAUGGCGGAUAACAGGCAAAGAUACAUGCCUCUUCCAGAUGAUCGGUUACCAGGAAGAGGCAAGCCUCUGGCUACCCCAGAGGCAGUCUUGCUUGUUAAUCCUGUGGAGCCAAAGUUCAAAGGAGAGGUGGAUGACAAAUACCAGUACUCUUGUGAGAACAAAGAUCUUCGGGUCCAUGGAUGGAUUUGCAUGGACCCACCCGUGGGGUUCUGGCAAAUCACACCUAGCAGUGAGUUUCGAUCGGGUGGACCCAUCAAACAGAACUUGACUUCCCAUGUGGGGCCUGUCAACCUUGCUAUGUUUCUCAGUGCUCACUAUGCAGGAGAGGAUCUUGUGUUGAAACUCAAUCCCGAUGAGCCAUGGAAGAAAGUAUUCGGCCCUAUCUUUAUGUAUCUUAAUUCUGUCACAGAUGGAGAUGACCCACUUCAUCUUUGGGAGGAUGCUAAAAAUCAAAUGAUGAUUGAAGUCGAAAGUUGGCCAUACGAUUUCCCAGCUUCUGAUGAUUUUCCAACUGCUGAUCAAAGGGGUAGUGUUAGUGGUAGAUUACAAAUCCAAGACCGGUUUUUAAGUGAUGAGUACAUUUCUGCAAACAGUGCUUAUGUGGGACUGGCACCACCUGGAGAUGUUGGAUCCUGGCAAAGAGAAUGCAAGGGUUAUCAAUUUUGGACCACAGCAGAUGCAGAUGGCUACUUCUCCAUCAAAAAUAUAAGACUUGGCAGCUAUAAUCUUUAUGCAUGGGUUCCUGGUGUCAUUGGUGAUUAUCAACAUGAUGAUUUCAUUACCAUAAACGCAGGUUUUGAUAUUGAUUUGGGUAAUCUUGUAUUUGAGCCACCAAGAGAUGGCCCAACACUGUGGGAAAUAGGCAUCCCAGAUCGCACUGCUGCUGAAUUUUACAUUCCUGAUCCUGAUCCAAAGUAUAUUAACAAACUUUAUGUCGAUCAUCCUGACAGGUAUAGGCAGUAUGGACUUUGGGAAAGAUAUGCAGAUUUAUAUCCUGACGAAGAUUUGGUUUACACAGUGGGUGUUAGUGACUAUAAAAAAGAUUGGUUCUUUGCUCAGGUUACCAGAAAAUUAAGCGAUGACACAUAUCAAGGAACUACAUGGCAAAUCAAGUUCAAACUUGACCUGGUGGAUACAAAUGGGUCCUAUACACUGCGAUUGGCACUUGCAACAGCCCAAAUAUCUGAAUUACAGGUUCGAGUAAACGAUCCAAAAACAAGUCCUCCCCUGUUUUCAACUGGAGUAAUUGGUCAUGACAACACAAUUGCUAGACAUGGAAUUCAUGGACUUUACCGGCUGUACAAUGUCGAAGUACCACCCACUCAGCUUGUGGAUGGGCAUAAUACCAUUUUUUUGACACAAACAAUGGCCUCCGGCGAAUUUCCAGCUUUGCAAGGGAUUAUGUAUGACUAUAUUCGUUUUGAAGGCCCAUCAUCCUCUAAUUCCAAGAAAAAAACAAACUAGGUUUGUAUAGGUAUAUAUAUAAAUCUACAUUGUUGCAUACUGUAUAGAAGAAAUAUCUUUUAUCUCCAAUAAUUAAUUAAUAAUUAGCAUAUAGAACAAAUUGCCUUCCAACAAUGGGCAUAAAGAUGAUUGUAUUUUAUUUUGAAGAUUUUAUAAUUCUAUAAUUAAUAGCUUUAAUAAUUGCAAAAUGAAAAA